AUGUGCCCUGUGAAACAGUGUAUGGCCAUGGUUAUUUCUGUCGGUGCUGUGGCUGAUUGCGAGCUUCUCUUAUGACUUUCCCAGCUGCCAGAUAUCAUCGAUGCAGAGACGUGGAGCCCGAUGUUGUGGUUGUCAGAACUGUCACUGCACUAUCGGCCCACUUGCAAGUGGAUUUGUGAAGAAGUUGCUUCUCUUCUGAAAGCGAUCUGGGCACUGCUGACGUGGCACAUUGUGUUGCAGGAAUUGUAUUUGUCAGAUAUGUGA